AAGUCUUUGGUCAGCAGUGCGCCAUAUUAGGAUGGAAGUUAGUUGUCUUUCACUCCUAUAAAGUUUGGAACACCUCUGUUUCCCCAGGCUUUUUCCUUUGGUCUGCUGCUGUGGUCCUAUAACCAGCCAUGCUCCUCCAGGCCGCUGCGCUCAGUGUCCUCUUCUGCUCAGUCCAAAGUUUUACUCUACAGGGUCCUUUUGAAAAUGGUGAUGAGUACUCUGGCAACACCGUUGAGGAUGACGAAUUCAGUGUCUCCACGCUGUUAGAGAAGGCCAAUGUUAAUGUUGGAAAAAACUUCGAUGACCCUCUGGUGAUGUUUGGUGACAUAGCGGUGCCAACAGAUCUACAGAACGCUGAUCCCUGCGUAGAACGAGGUUGCCUGUGGCCUAAAGCCACCGAUGGCAACGUCUACGUGCCCUACCGCAUCUCCAGGGACUACGACCGAAGAGAGAGAAAUACCAUCAUCAAAGGUCUGCGGUCAUUUGCUGCGUCCACCUGCAUCCGCUUCACCCCCCUCAACGGACAGGAGGACUUUGUGGACAUCCAGUCGCGCUCAGGGUGUUUCUCAUUUAUUGGGCGUCGUGGUAGAGGCCAGGUAGUGUCUUUGAGUCGCCGCGGUUGUGUUUUCCGGCAGAUCAUCCAACACGAGCUGCUGCACGCUUUGGGCUUCAACCACGAACAGACUCGGUCCGACAGGAACCAGCAUGUUCGCAUCUUGCUGGAGAACGUUAUUCCUGGAAUGGAGCACAAUUUCAGGAGGAUCGAAACAAGGAACCUUGGCACUCCCUACGACUACAACUCUGUCAUGCACUAUGGAAGGUUCGCCUUCUCUAGGAACACGAUGCCGACCAUCGUUCCCAUCCCCAACGGCAAUGUAGCCAUCGGCAGGGCCACCCAGAUGAGUGCCAAUGACAUCCUUCGGGUGAACCUUCUUUACCGCUGCAAUUCGACUGCUUCCAGGCCUGACCUGAAACCCGUGCAAAGAAACCAUUUCCUCUAGAGGUGAGAGUCUGGUAUCGUCAACGCGGUGUAACGAAAUCAAGAGGAAAUGAAGCAAAGUGAUGCAACUUUUUUUUUUGUCAUCUUCAAACAAAACCAGAAAUGUGUCUUGUGCUUCAUGAAUUUGCUAUAAUUGAGAAUUUUAUGAAAUUAGCUUGUGCUGUGCUAAUGAGAAAUAAAAAUGUGUCCAUCAUCACAAAUGUACUCCUCAAUAUAUAACUGCUUGUGAGCUUGAUACUUAUAACAAUAAUGAAUAAAAAAUAUGUAUUCAAUAUCUUAACAUCA